CUGUUCGCGCGCAUUUCCGGCAAGGCUUGCACAUGGUUGACAGCCAAAAUUUUGCUAAGUACACAUUGGUUUCGGUUGAGCAGUGAUGGAUCAAAUCCCGGCCGCCAUGGAUCGGCACUUAGACGUGAUUCAGUGUCGCAAAGAUGGUGGGAUCCUGCUGGGAGCCUCCGGAUUAACGGGUCGAUACUGGCUGGGAUCUCUGUGGUUCUACUCCAAUCCAGAUGUGGCUCCGGAUGUGGAGAAGUGCACUGCUGGAGUGCAGCUGGAGGCCGGAUUUAAGGAGGCUGUGUGGCUGGAUGAUACCAAAGUAUUAGUGGGAUUAGACACAGGUGGUGUUGCAUUAUGGGAACUAGUGGAUAAUUUCCACACGUUUGUCCACCUAAGUGGUGCAGUCGAGCAUGACGACAUUGUGACCUCAGUGGGCGUGGUCAGUGGAGGAAAGAAGGCUGUCUCUGCUGGUGCUGACCGUUGUGUUAAAGUUUGGGAUUUAGAAAAUAUGUACUCUACAAACACAUACAGAGCUCACGCUGACGUGGUGGAGUGUGUCAGUUGUCAUCCAACAGACUCCGCUCUUUUUUUGUCAUGUUCAGCGGAUGGCAGUGUGUUUCUCUGGGACACGCGGAAAUCAAGACCUGUGUCGGAUAUAGGUGGGUUUCCUCCGCCAAUUCUCCCUGUAGAUAGAGUAGACACAUCACCACUCAAACAUUCCCCCAAACAAGUUGUGUGGCAGCCAGACUCGCAUCAUUUUGCAGUGGGCGGAGAAUGUGGACAGUUGGUUGUCAAGGAUACAAGGAAGGCGGUUGGAGCAACAUUGUCUCUGGACUGCCAUUCCCGAGCAGUCACAAAGUUGUCGUUUUGUAAAGAAAAUCCAGGUCUUUUAGCCUCAGCUUCAGAAGAUGGCACAGCUGUAGUUUUAUCUAUAGACAAAGAAUCUGGUAGACAAAUAUUCCAAGACAGCUCCCAUACUGAUUUUGUGACAGGUCUAAGCUGGCAAGGAGGGGACAAUCUCUUCACAUGUAGUUGGGACUCAAAAGUCAAAAGACACUGUGUAUCAAAGUGUGAACAGACUUCUGAGGACACUGUGGUUGUUAGAAUGGAGACGGACUGUAUAGAAAAGGAGAAUGUGAAGAAAAAGAUGGCCAGUAUUUCUUUAGUUUGUAAUGGAAACGGUGCUGAAGUGGAAUCGACAUGAUGUGCAUCAUCUACCUCGUUGUAUCUGUGUUCGUAGACUGGUGUUUAAGAACUAAUGGCCACAUAUCUACACAAAAUUCACACUUCUGUUAUGUUGGUGAAAAUUGGUUUGCUUAGUUUUUUCAUGUCAAACCUAUUUGUUUUGUUAGUAGAAGUGUUCUGUUUUUGAGAGGGCAUUGAAUGCCAUGUUUCAGGAUGAAACUCGAAAGAAAUUUCAUUCGAGUUUCACUUGAUUAAAUGAUUCUGAUUAAAAGGAAGUUGUGAAAUAAUAAACAUAUUGAUAGUAA